CAACUCGUUUGUUUACAAAUGAUUGCUGUGGUAACGAGAGCACUUUCAAAAAACAAAUAAUUUUAGGAAUGGACAAGUAACGAAAAAUCCACCAUGCAUCUUAACACUGAAAAAUUGAUACUGAGUUUGAAAUCUCCUGUCGGUGUUGGAACGGUGCAUUUGGAAUGGCAAACACACGACGGUUCUCUCUGGGCAGCUACAGGCUCAAAUCGGACUGUACAUAUUUAUGACCACUUUGGAAACCAAAAAGCUGUUAUUGCCAUGCCUGGGUCCUGUACAGGGUUCGGCUGGGACUAUGAAGGCACAUCUUUUGCAGCUAUCAAUGACAGUAGCUCAUUCAUAUAUUUGUGGAAUUCAAAUAGCUGUAAAACUGAAAAGAUUGAAACAGGCCUGAGAGAUCCAUUGAGCUUCAUGACUUGGGGCAAAAGUGGUCUUUUUCUAGCAAUUGGUACAACAAAGGGAAAUGUACUUCUUUACAACCAAAGAGCUGGCCGGAAGAUACCAAUUCUGGGCAAACAUAACAAGAAAAUUUUAUCAGGAGCAUGGAGUUCUGACAAUCUCCUGGCUCUAGGGUCUGAGGACAAAACCCUUUCUAUUAGCACAUUAGAAGGUGACACUGUUCAUACAGCCAGCCUUAGAAGUGAACCAUCACAAAUACAGUUUUCUGAGAUGAAGGAGAACGAACGUUCAUCAUCAGAAAGCACGAUUAGCGCCGUGGUAGGCCGACGAACUUUGAUUCUUAUCAACAUCAACAAUGCUGAAAAUCCCUUGGAAUUAGCUUUUCAGCAAAGCUAUGGCAACAUCACGACGUAUCGCUGGUUUGGUGAUGGAUAUAUUUUAAUCGGAUUCUCGGGUGGAUAUUGCAUCGCUAUCUCCACCCACGUAAAGGAAAUUGGUCAGGAACUCUUUCAAAUAAGGAACCAUCGGGACAUGGUUUCUUCUAUAUCUGUGUGCCCUUUAUUAAGCCGAGCUGCGUGCGCUGGAGAUAACAAUGCAAGGAUCUAUGAUUUGCUUGACUUGAAAGAAAGCGCCUCGGUAAUUUCCGUGGAUCAAGAAAACCGAAUAGAUUCCUGUGCGUGGAGCAAUGACGGUCGUCUUUUGGCCAUUACAGGUAGUUCCGGCAAUGUCUACAUUUAUCUCACUCGUUUAAACAUGCUAGCAUCGGUUUGGCAGCCGUUCGGUACCAUUGCAGUACUCACCAGUCUUAAAGAAGUUACUGUGUACGACGCUGCCCUGAAGGCCAUCUGUCAUCUACAGUGCGAGUUGGAGCCCGUUUUCUUGGCUUGUGGUCCCAAAGCCAUUGCACUUGGUUUGAACAAUCACACCUGGCUUUACUCUGCUCUUGAUGGUCAGCUACAGCGGAAGUUGCAGUACAUUGGCUCAGUCGAAACAGUUGGGAUGAAUGAAACGCAUAUCGCUGCCUUGGUAGAUGGCAAAGUCCAUUUACAGCUAAUCGAAGAAACUGCUUCUCUUGAUGACGGCGCAAGUGGCUUGAUGGAGAGCGGUGUUUUUCCUUUCCGUGAAUCCUCCACAGCAAAGAUCACGAGCCAUGCAUUGGCAAAAGAUUGUCUUAUCUACACUACAAAUGUGGGCGAUUUGGUUUAUUUUUCGCUGAGUGAGCGAAAACCUGUCAGCGAAUACCGUCAUGCUGUUGGUUGGAAAAAGAUUUUUCACGAUACAUCAGGAACACUUCUAGCUGCGGUAGAUAUCAAGAAUCAUGGCUACCUGUACUCACCGGUCAAAGAAAUUUUGCUACGGAUUCCCGAUUUCCCAGUUCAUCAUCGAGGUUUACUUUUUGAAUCAGCAAGCCGGAUCAAUCAUGUAUUUGUGGCGUGGAGUGACGAGAAGCUCGACGUAUAUGUCUAUCACGCCGAAAGACUUACAGGGAGCUGCAUCAUUCGACUCUGUUCCACGGCUCUCGCUAGUGGCCAUACUCCUCUUCUGCUCCAAGGACCAGAACUUUUGUUGCUUACUGCCUCAUCAAAGCUGACAACUCUUUUCAUUCCUGAACUGGGCAUUAGUUCCGGCGGAAAGUUGUCCUCCAUGUCACGCAGUGAACUAAUCAACGCGUUACAAUUUUCCUUAGCGAUGGGAAAGUAUGACGAUGCUUGGGAUAUUGGAAUUCUUCUGGCAGAUUCGACUCAGUGGGUCAAAGCUGCCAACGCAGCGCUUAACGAGUUUCGCAUAGAUUUUGCGAUUAGAAUAUACCGUCAUCUUGGAGAUAUAGCUGCCGUAUGGUCGUUGGAAGAAGUGGAACAUAUUGAAGAUCUUCAGUUGCUCUCAGGCCAUAUAUACAUGAUUUUAGGCAACUUGGAAAAAGCACAAGAUUGCUACCUGAAGUCAACACAACCUGACAUCGCCAUCGACAUGCACACGGACGUCAUGGAAUGGGAACAAGCUCUGCUGUUAGCAGAGAAACUAGCUCCACAAAGGAUUGGACUAAUAGCCCAAGAAUAUGCACAGCAACUAGAACAAACGGGGGACUUUGUUCAUGCUUUAUUGAACUACGAACGCGCCCUGAGUUCCGGAGUUGAAAAUGUAAAUCAGGUUGAACACCAACGUAUAUGCCAUUCAGGAAUUGCACGAUGUGCAGUUGGAUCUGGCGAUGUUAACAAAGGCGUUUCACUUGCAGUUCAAUCGGGCGAUCGCACGUUAAUGAAACAAUGUGCCGUUAUAUUGGAAGACAGCAAGUUUUAUGUGGAAGCUGCUGAGCUCUACGAAACUGCUGGCAUCAAGGACCAAGCUGCUAUGCUUUAUACUCGCUUGAAGAAUUGGACGCAAGUCAGCAAACUGAUUCAGUAUGUGACGCAGCCUAAAGUACAUAUUGCCUAUGCAAAGGCCAAAGAAUCUCAAGGGCAAUACAAAGAAGCGCUAAACUCAUAUGAGCUGGCAGGUGAUUUUGAAAGUGCAAUUUUGCUGUGUCUGAAUCAACUACAUAGUCCACAAGAUGCUGUACGGAUUGCGCGAAGAUCAAAGAGCACAGAAGGAGCUAAACUCAUUGGAAAGUUUUUUAUGGACUUGGGCGAUUAUACCACAGCUUUAGAAUAUCUAGUUAUGUCGAAGAACUAUGAAACGGCAUUUGAAGUUGCUCGUCAAAACGGUCAGAUCCAACUUUUUGCAGACAUUCUAGGCGACCAGGCAUCGCAAGAUGACCAUACCAAAAUUGCUUUAUAUUACGAGCAAGAACGCAAUUUUCUACUGACAGGGAAAUAUUAUGCUUUGGCUGGUCAGAACGAAAAGGCUUUCAAAUACUUCAUAAAAGCAGCACAGCAUAGUGGCGAUGAUGAAAAAGCCAUAAAUGCUGCUAUUCACAUCGUAUCCACUGCAAACGACAACCACUUGGCUGCCCAGCUGAUUGGAUUCUUAAAUGGAGAACAAGAUAACAUCCCCAAGGAUGGAAAAUACCUUUUCCGGCUAUAUCUCGCUCGUCACCAGUACAGAGAAGCUACGAGAACUGCUAUUAUAAUUGCGACAGAGGAACAGAACGCUGGAAACUACAAGGAUGCCCAUAAUCUCCUUCAACACAUGUAUAAGGAACUUAGUAGUCACGAUAUCAACAUACCGUUGGAAAUGGAACACAAUCUACAACUGUUGCAUUCGUACGUCAUCGUUCGAAUGCACAUUCGACGCGGACAACAUCUCAAUGCAGCUCGAUUGCUUAUUAGAGUGGCCGAAUCUAUCUCAAAAUUCCCGUCUCACGUGGUGCCGAUUCUCACCUCAACUGUGAUUGAAUGUGACCGAGCGGGAUUAAAGAACGCCGCAUUUCAGUACGCAGCCGUCUUAAUGAGACCCGAACACCGAGACCAACUUGACGCAAAGUACAAGAAAAAAAUCGAAAGCACUGUUCGUCGCCCACCCAAAGGUUCAACGGACGCGGAAGAUGACUUAACGCCAUGUCCAUUCUGCAAUACGGCCAUUCCGUCAAUGCUGCUAGUGUGCGUUCAGUGCAAACAGCAUAUACCAAUGUGCAUCAUUACCGGAAUGCAUGUAACAAAAGAAAAUUUAACACGUUGUCCUUCGUGCCUAUUCAUGGCCAACCGAUCAGAAUUCAUCAGGAUUGUGGAUAAUGGCGAACCCUGCCCGAUGUGUAACAACAAGAUCACUGGUGAUGGGACGCUUGCCAUAUGGACCGAACCCAUAAAACCAAAAAGCAAUUGAUCUCAUUUUUUUUUACGCAGUCCCAUUGUGUUCAUAAUUACAGCUCCCGUCCCACUUUUCUGUGUCUCGAGGAUACCUCACUAUGGUUCUUACUGCAUUUCAAGCCUUCUUUUCGGACUGAACAUUCCCAAUAUUCGUUCUCUCUCGAAGAGAUGAUUAUGUCGUUUGCAGAGGAUUGUCUGCCUUAAAAUCGUUACACUCCGUCCACGCCCGUCCAUUAAAAAAAAGUUUUCCCAUUCCCCGUGUUGUCCACGUUUCGAAUCUAGUCAUUGCUUUACUGCCUAUUUGGUUUCAAUUGUUUGUUUUCGAUUUUUAUCAUCGCUCUCAGCGAACUUAAUCCGCCUCUUUCUGAUCGACAUUUUAUCAUAUAUAACUUGUUUGUUGACGAAAGGACUAUUGCGCUAAACGGGGAACAUAACUCUCUUUUGCGUGACGUUUGAUGUCUUUACACAUUUGAUAAAUUUUUUUUUUUUUAUUUUGAUUACUCCCACGUGGAAUGAAAGAUAGCCACACCCGCCAACUUGCCAACUUUUUUCCAUUAUCUAACCAACUGUUUUCCUUUCUAAUGUGAAAUAAACCUCAUGCGAUUACUCACACAUCUUAAA